AUGGACAAAUUAUUACAGUGGUCGAUCGCCCAGCAGUCCGGCGACAAAGAGGCCAUGGCCAAGAUCGGCCAGCCGGACCCCAAGAUGCUUGAGCAGCUUUUUGGCGGGCCAGAUGAACCGGCGCUUAUGAAACAUGCCAUGACGUUAAUUUCCAGCGACGAAGCUCUGAUGGAAAAUAAAGAAGUUUCGUUUGAAAACUUUGAAAUGCUCAUUGAAAACAUGGAUAAUGCGAACAAUAUUGAAAAUUUGAAGCUUUGGCCCAGUUUAAUUGCGCAAUUGGACACCAAAGUGCCAGAUUCGUUGCGAGUGUAUGCCGCUUCAUGCAUUGCCAUUGCGGUCCAGAACAACCCCAAGGCCCAGGACGAUUUUCUUCGUCAUCCCGAAGGAUUCAAACAAGUUUUGGCUCUUGCGGAAGACUCCUCCAUCGAUAAAGAGUUGCAUUUGAAGUGUCUUUCUGCCAUUUCCUCGGUUUUAAGAAACCACCAAGAGGCCUAUAACAGGUUUGACCAGCUCAAUGGGUGGAAGAUUCUCAAGUUUAACAAGGACGCUGACCACAAGUCGAAAAUCAGAGUUCUUUCGAUCAUGUCGGCGGUCCUUUCCACCGGUCUUGACGACAAAAAGACAAAACAUAUUCAAGAUGAAAACUUGACCAAUUUCAUCGUUUCUGUUAUGCAGAAAGAUGGUCAUAUUGGCUGUAUAGACAAGGCACUCAACAUCAUCACUCAAUUGUCACAGCUUAAAUACCCGUUCUCAGCCACCGAAAUCAGCGACUUGGUUCAAGGUUUGGAAAGAGUGGAAGACCUUCGGGACCAAUUGACGUUGGACGACUUACACGCCGCAAAGCAAGUAGUUUCCUGA